CACACACAUACGCACACUUGAGUUGCCGGCGAGGGUUGAACAUCCUGAGGAGACUGGUCGUUCCAACCUGCUCCACGUCUAUCAUCGCCGUCAUCACAGAAAGGCAGACUGAGUGGUCAGGAGGAGAGGCACGGGUGCUUGGGAGAAGACCUGGACGCCUUGUAGGCGAUUCAUCGCCAUGGAUGCAGCGGAGGUUCCAAGCUUUGGUUCUUUUCAGUUGCCGGAUGCAGUCCAGGAAGACCGAGAAGAGCGUUCAAGAGAUGCGGGCAGGAAGGCUUCUCGCUCUUCCAAGCAUAUGAGCGCUUUUGAGAGCUCUUCUUCGCGCCCACAGGGUGGAGAGGAAACGCAGAGCAGCGCCAACUGGAAAGAUCAAAAGCUCAAGUCCGGUCAUGAGCGUCAUAAUCGCAGUUCUCACUCCAGCAAAAGGCGACGCAGGCACGAUUCUGAGAAUGAGAGUGACGCAGACCGCUCAGCAAGAAAGCUGCGCUCCGCGCGCAAUCGCGAUGAGCGCCGUGCAUCCAGAUCUCUCAGACAACUGGAGACCGAGUCGCGCUCGGUUAGGCGGCCAGAGUCAUCCGAGGAGUAUAUCGCAAGGGUGUCAUCUGUACACACAGCAUCACAUGUGAAGCGCAGCGUGUCCAACGAAGUGAAUCUCCAACAUCUCGAAGAUUCCUACUUUGUAGACGCGAAAGGUGACCACAAAGCUGCGACAUGUGGCGGGUUGAGCGCGAGCAAGCUGCCUCGCUACCAACGCUUUGGGGAUGGCUGUGUGCUCGGUCUCUCGAGAUCUCUGCGGAUCUCGUUCUCCAGCGCUCGGUUGGACGGCAAGGUGCUCGAGAUACUUCCAAAGGGCGGCAGGAGAGUCCGCUACCUCGACAAGGAGGAGCGCUGGCGUGCGCGUCAGCCCGCGCCACUUCGGAUCGCCCCAGGAACCAGUCCGUCCUCUGCGGCAUUUGGAGAGUAUGAAGCGCUGAGCGAGUCAGAGGUGCGAGGAGGAGCUCGGUCAGCAUCCGAUGACGACCCCCUUCCGGACUAUAGAGACUUUCAUAGAAAGCGCACUUCGGCAAGUCCUAGACGCGAUAGGCGUGAAGCCUCGCCGCAAGACACGUCAAAUAAAGUGGAAUCAGACUCGGCUACUAUCCUGCGAGCUCGUGUGUCUUCUUUGGAUGUGCGAGUACGCGAGGAUGCGUCAGAUGUCGAAGGUUGGCUGCAGCUCGCCCACGUGCAGGCCCAACUGGUCAAAGCUCUAAGCUCUUCAGGGAAUCAGAGCAUACGAGGCCAUCAUAGGCAACACCGCGCCGGAGCCGAGGCAUCUCUGGCCGUAUUAACACGUGCAAGGCGCUCAAACCCGCGUAAUGCAUCCCUGGAGCUCGCAUACCUCCGUAAAGGAUCUCUGAUCUGGGAGAACGAAAAAUGCGACAAGGAAUGGAGUGCGCUUUUGAAGAGCGGCGAGAUGCAGGGGCAGAGGUUGGGAGCAGUGUGGGUGGCGUAUUUAGAGUGGAGCUCUCGACAAGCUGGACCCUUGUCCACCUUUUUGGAAGCGGUCACGAAGGGUCUGAAAGCUCUCUUGUCAGCUACGUGGAAAGCGCAGCUAUUCGAGGAGCGACAAAUCUUAGAACAAGCACUUGUGACGCUGUGGACGACAGCUGUGAGGCAUCUUUCUGAAGCUGGCUACUAUGAGAGAGCUUUUGCGUUGGUACAAGCGCAGCUUGAGGUGACCUUUUGCGCACCUUUGGGACUUGAGAGCCAAGACGAAGAAUCUCACGAGCGCUUGAUAGAUAGCUUCUCUCAGUUUUGGGACGACGAAGGGCCGAGGAUUGGGGAAGAGGGCGCUAAGGGGUGGGCGAAUCAGUAUGGCCAUCGGGACGUGCCCGAUGCAGGUGCAUCAAUGCCGUCCAUAGAUCCCUCGUCCCUCCCUUACCGGUCCAGCAAAUCUGAUGAUAGCGUCCCAUGGGUCGAAAGGGAAAGGGCACGAGCAGGUCUGCGACAAAAGCCUGCGCGCGCCACCGCUACACCUCUCCACGGCGAAGACGAGGUAGAUCCGUAUGCUUUCAUCCUGUCUUCUGACGUGGUCCAACUUGUGGCGGUGCCUAUCACGGCGCCCGCUGUCAAGUCGCGCGUUCUGGACUUUGCGCUCGGCUACCUGGGAAUGUCACCUGGCAUAGCCUGGGCUGGAGAUCCAGCUCAGAGCUCCGCAAAGUUUCAGGGCGAGACUCGAGCGGGUCCGACAGCUAUGUUGGCCUUACAACAGCGCUUCUGGCCCUUCUCUUUGUCGCCAACAGGCGGAACAGAGUCUGAUGUACCGCUCAUCGCCAAGACCGAAGGCGAAGUGAUGGGAGGACUUCGACAAAACAAUUUAUCUCAGCCCUUUGAUGUCCCGAUUACCUGCUGGGCCCCACGACUGCCUGAGCUGUAUUCGACGAGCAGAGUAGAACUCGGGAGUCAAUGGUUCACGAGCGUGCGCACUGAUGACUUGCAGCACGCAGAUCUGGAAACUGCCAGCAAUGUCUUGGACCAUCUACCUCCCGACGCCGGUGGUCUUUCGAGAACAAUUGCUCGCUUCGCAUUUGAGCACGCCACGCGGGGUCACAAAGCAGCAAGGUCAUUAGCGCGGGGCGAGCUCGACGCGAAUCGAGACAGCAUGGAGCUGUGGCACGCUUUUGCUUGGCUGGAGGAGAGCGCUGGGAAGCUCGACUCGGCACGUUUAGUAUAUCGCAGUGCGCUCGAUAAGCUCCGGGCUGACUCACGCACGUUGGCGGUCUCUGAAGCGCUGCCGAUGCUGCGAGAUUGGGCAGAAAUGGAGUGGAGGGCUAGACAGAAUUCCUUCGCUGCGAAGGGCGAUCUAGUAUCUCCGAUGGCCAGGGGUGCUAUUAUGUCGUGUCGAGCGCUUCUCGAGCACUUGGUCGAAGGAGGGAUCGAAUCUUACUGCAAGGUGAUUGAACAUGCGAUGGAGUAUCUAAAACACGGAGAGGACGCACUAGAGCGCCUCGAUCUCUUCUUCGGCAACUUUGUGGCACCUUUACCUCGGAUUCGAGAUACGCCUCGCCAUCAGGGCGGACAGAUUUCGUGGAGUAGAUGCCCACACGAGCAGCUCGGACGAGGAUGUGUACCGCACAGGGCGUCGUAGAAGGAGAGAAGCUUCGAAGCAGCAGCGACAGGCGAGCGAGAGGGCCAAAAGAGUGCUCUAUCGGGCCAUUCGAGCCUGUCCAUUUAAUCGAGAGCUGUAUUGGCCAGCUUUUGAGCCUCCUCUUUCGCAGGUGAUGAGCCAUUCGGAACUGGUCGAUCUGGCACGCUCCAUGAGCGAGCGC